UGUUAUUCACCGCACUUAAUUGCUGCGGGAUAAUUUUUGAUACGAUCCCGCGCUUCGGGGUGAAAAUAAUAUAAGUCCACAGAUCAAUCCGAUCACCUGGUGCUGACACAAUUCGCUCUAUUUUUUGCUUAUUCAGCAUUUCAUUCUGAAAACGGUUAUAGGUAGAAGGUCAAAAUGUCUAGUACAUCUCAAAAGCAUCGCAACUUUGUAUCCGAACCAAUGGGUGAUAAAGAAGUUUCAGAGUUAGCUGGUAUUGGAGAAGUUUUGGCUGAGAGACUAAAGGACAAGGGAUUUGAUAAGGCCAAUGUGGUGCUUGGCCAGUUCUUAGUACUCAAGAAGAACAAGGAAUUGUUCCUGGAUUGGAUGAAAGAUACAUGCUCUGCUAAUAAAAAACAGGCAGGAGAUUGUUACGAUUGCCUCAAUGAAUGGUGUGAUGCAUUCCUGUAGAGCACAACAAACCGUUGGAACUUCUGAUCAUAAAAAAAUAAUGUAUGUAAGACCAGAAAGGAGGGCCUCAGUUAGAAAACAUGCUGAUAAUGCUUAUCAACUGAGAUUUGAAGUUAUUGUCAUCAGCCAGUCCAGCCACUCUCAUCUCUUUUUCACCAUAUUUUUCGCUAUUUUCAGCCUAUUGGAAAAUUAUUGUAGCUUAUAAUGUGCUAUGCUUAUUGCUAGAACAAAAAGACUUCUUUAUUUUUCCACGGGAACACAUUUCAGAUCCAAGCACAAUUAUUCUAUAAUCUCCUGCAAUUAUUGUAGUUUUAUCUUUUGAAUUUUGCCAUCAUUGCUAGCUAUACUAGGACAUUCCUUUAAUUCAUCAACUGUAGAUAAAUUUCAAUGUAUGCAUACGAGGUGACCACGAGUCAACAAGUCCCUCUAUUUUAUCAGAAGAGCAAAUGUUAAGAAUUUACUUAUGUAAUUUUAACGUUAACAUAGACCAUAGUAAAAAUGUUUUUUUUUUUUUUUAGAAAAUUUCCACAAUUAUACCCAAAUAAAACAAAUAUUUCUAA